UUUUGACAGCCUGGGUUCAGCAGUUAAAAGGUCCUGUGAGGCUGCAGAGGUGUGUCUGUUUGGUGGGACAUGUCAGACAAGAGGCGCGUUAAAAAUAAAAUAAAAUAAACUAACACUAAAAAACAACAUUACAAAGCAAUGCCCAGGCUCGGACUUUGUGUUUUUUGAUGGUUCACCGUGGCAGACAGAUAAAACUACGACAUGGCUUCACUGUUUUGGAAGUUUGGGGUGUUUUGGCUCCUUGUUUUGGCGGUGGCGCAUGUGACUCUGGUUACCGCCGCACCGGUGGAGGAGACCGCGAAAGGAGAGGAGGCUGACGGUGAAACCUCGGACGACACGAUCAGUCUGAGGGCCAAGAAAGACGGGCUGUACCCGUCCCCGGAGCCCGGGGACCCCGCGCCGCCUUUCCGGGUCACCACCCUGGACGGGGAGUUCGAGUACCAGCCCGGAAAGCUGCGCGGCUCGCUGAUAAUCCACGCCUUCACCAACAAGUCGGGCUUCGUGGAGUGUUUGUGGGCCUCGGAGGCGUCCCGGACCGACCUGCUGCAGGACUUACCCCCCAGCGCCCAUGUCCUGUUCCUGUCCCUGGACGACUCCGCGGUCACUGAUGCGCUCUGGAUGCGGGACCAGCUGCACCAGGUCGCCGCCCACGGGAAGAAGGAGGUGCUGUCCCGGCUGCACUUCUGCCCCGUGCCGGCCUUCGCCCUCGGUAACUGGAUCCCCGGGGUGCUUUAUACCUGGGCUUGCGCGAGACGCAACUGCGGCCUGGCCCAGGUUGUCUUCACCUCUGAGGGGUGGAAGAUGCCGGUGAUCGUCAAGAGACUAGACGCCAGAUAUGAUUGGCUGAUGGUGCGUUGGGACGAGAAAUCGCACCAGCUGGUCGACGCCGGAAACGGGUGUGACCCCUCCUCGACGGUGGCGGGCGCCGUGGCCUGGGUGUCCGAGGGCAACUGCUCCUUCUUCACUAAGGUGCAGAACAUGGCCAAGUCCAACGCCUCCGGUGUCCUUGUGUACGCCCUCCCCGGCAACCCGAUCCAGGAUAUGAACUGUGAGGGGGACGAGUGCGACUCACCGCUGGGCAUCCCUGCUUCCAUGGUGCACCUGGAGCCCGCGGUCGCCCAGGCGCUCCGGUUUGACCAGCGGGUCAACGUGUCCUUCCAGAGAACUCCGUCCCCAAACCUCUUCAUCGGUAUCGACCAGCAGGGGGCGCUGGCUGAGAUGGGCUUGUUCCUCUACCCCACGUUCAAGUUCAUCAACUGGCAGGCACAGUGGUUUGACUUCUAUAAUUCGCUGCAGACCAGACUGCGGAGCCCUGCCCAAGUGGUUUCUGUUUUCGAUAAGGUCCAGAUGCAGGGCGACCGAGGAGCGGUGGCUACAGUGGACCUGCCACCAGACUUCCUGGACUUUGACACGCUGGAGCUGGACGCCUCCCUGUCCUGUCCCGGCAGGAGAGACCUGUCCUGCGCUCACUGGGAUCACACGGUGCAGCUGUUCGUCUGCUGCGACCACUUCAGCCCGUACUGCAACGUGGAGCUGGGACGCUGGAUCACCGCCUUCCGCAGAGGCAUUGGGCGCUGGCUGACAGACGUGUCGCCCCUCCUGCCGCUGCUGAACAGCGGCCGCUGCACCUUCACCAUGAAGACGGUGCCCUGGGCGAUGCCCUGGAUCGUCUCCCUCAACGUGCGCUUCAGCGACGCCAACCAGACCAGUGAUCAUCCUGCGAACAAGCUCCGCCCCUUCACGGUGAUGCCACUGUACAGCGGGGGCACCUUCGACAAGAACUACAACAAGAGAUACCGUCCAGUCAAAUUCUCCGUCCCGGCCUCAACCAAGCAGGUGGAGCUCUUCGCCGUCAUCACGGGCCACGGCAGCGACAACAACCGCUGCGGGGAAUUUUGUGUCACGUCCCACCACUUCCUGAUCAACGCCGUCUACAACAACACGCGCAUAUUUGACUCUGCAGGGUCACCUCUGGGCUGCACCAUGCGGGUGAAAGAGGGCGCCGUGCCCAAUGAGUACGGCACGUGGCUGUACGGGCGAGGAGGCUGGUGUGACGGACUGCAGGUCGACCCCUGGACGAUCGAUAUCACCAGACAGCUGGACAUGUCCGGGUCUGAAGCCAACACUCUGCUGUACUUCGGCUUGUAUGAGGGACGGGAUCCCAACCCGACACAGGACCCCGGCUACAUCAUCAUGACCUCGUUUCUCGUCUUCUACAAAUAACACCACUCUUGACAAUCGUUUUUUUUUUUUUUUUUUCCAAUGAAGAUGUAAAUGAAUGUGAUUGAUGUUGAAUGUUGUGCAAGUCUAAAUAAAAUCUCUAUU